AACACGUCGUGAAACUUCUUUGUGUUGUGGCUCAGGCUAGUGUGUUACAGGACGCUGCUCGCAGCUAUGCCCAUAGAUGGGUGGCAGAGCCUUGUGAUUUUACCGCUCCGCCACCAUGUCCAUGAUGCAAAUGCUCAUGGCCAGCCACAUCUCCGAAGGCCUUGGUCCUGUGCCUCCGAUCCCAGUCGAGGACAAACCCUGGCUCACCGAGGAGGUGGACAAGGGCACGGUGGUGCGCCGCGCGGUGAAAGAGAGGCUGACGCCGAUGGGUUCCCAGCCGGGAUGCAUUCAUCAAACGGCACGUCUGUGCUUUGACAGCGAGCGGCCGAUCACGGCGGUCCGCGCCUGGCUCAUCGACAAUGUUGGGGAAAGCGGCGAGCCCGUGAUUACCAGCCUGGCCUUCCGAUACCGCGGCAGCAGCCGGUUCAUACCCGACGCGCCGGAUGCGGCCGACGAUGCGGCGCGGCGCGGCCGCGAUCCGCAGAACUUUCGGGAGCAGACGGAGACGCUCGCGACCGGGGAUUCCAUCGUCGCUGUGAAGUGUAGCUCGACGGCGAUGGAGUUUACGUCAGAAAUUACCUUCCAAACGAGCCAAGGCCGUGCAAUCGUUUUCGGCUCGCACGGCACCAUCAUACCGUGGGGCCCGCCCGACGUGAUGAGCGCUGACGGGGCGCCUCUCGUCGGAUUCGUGGCGCUUCGGACGGUCUUAGCGCCGUGGGUCGAUUGGCGGAGCCCGAACGUGGAGGCCAUUGACGUGUAUGGCGGGGCGACGCUGACGCCUAUCGCGUGCUACUUCUCGACCGCCUGGAAGCGACGCCGGUCCCUCGUCCUUCUCAAAGCACUGGUCAAGAAGGACAAGGCCAAGGCGCCGGGCGCGCUCUGGCCGCGCGUCCUCGACGCGGACUUCGAGGAGGGCCUCUGGCGCCACGUCGUGCGCUGCUUGUGAGUUUGUUAGAGAGUCGAUGUAAAAAUGUAAAAACCAC